CCAUAGGGGCAAAGUUGAUAGUAUUUCGCUGCAGAUAACAGCCACUCUCGGAUAGGAAACGCCAAAGAAUACGCGAGUCGAGGUGUCCCACAUCACUAUGUGUAUAUACUAGUAGACGGACGACAUUGACUGACACACAAUCGUAACCUCGAAAUAAUUGUUGUCUUCGGCUAGUAUUGGGCCCAAAUCCAAUGGCCUGUGACCACUGUCUUAGACACGUAAUGGACGCAUGGCAUUGCACCGCUGCCACCGCAUUGCCUGUCUCGGUACCUCUCUAAUUAUGUUUGAGAUAUAGAUUCCAUCUCCAACUGCCAGCUUUACGGUAGAUUGGCUGGUGCGUAUCUACAUAGUAUUCAGAAUUCCACGCUGCUUUGUCUGGUCUGUAGCUAGUAAAGGGGGAGGGGGGAGGGUUUUGCCGAGGCUUUGCCGGCAGUCUCCAGGUAAUAGCUACCUACCACGAAAGUGCUUCUGGCAAUAACGUGCCGGAACUCCGUUCAGAAAGCCGUACAAUCUCUAGAAGCGGUGACUUGACAAGAAAUAGUUUCACCUAAAUACCGUUCUCCAUGUGUGUUGAACGUGGUCUAAGUCAAGGGUCAUAGGCGCGCUAGCUGGCAACGCUUUCUGCCGUUUCAUUCAAGCCGCAUGCAUCCAGUCGCGACCUCAAACUACGCUCAAAGCCACCGCGCUAUUCAUGCCAAUAAAGACGAGCCUGGCCCGGGUCCGGCAGAGAUCCGUGCAACAUAGACAGAGGCGCGACAUACCGGCAGCAAGCGCGUCAGUCUCUCGCCAAAACAACAGGAUGGCGUACAGCUCUCCGUCCCAGGAACCUCGUCAGGCGCCCAUGGUUCCCGGCCUCUUCAUUACAGCACCAGAGAUCAAGGAUUCUUUGGUCACAGAUACCUCAGUCAAGCAGGAUGCCGUAGAGAGCAGUUGUAGAACGUUCCUCGCAGGUACGCGGGACGGCAUACGUGUCAACCGCCACGGAGUGCCUUGCCUCAGCCGGGAACGACAUAUAGCAUUCCUAGAGAAGAGCUUGAAGCCCCUUUCUGCCGCGUUCCAAACGGCAGAUGCGAGCAGGCCCUGGAUCUUCUACUGGUGCUUAAACAGCCUGGUUCUUUUGGGAGUCGACGUAUCUAAGUAUCGUGACGACCUCGUGGAAACAGCGCGUUCGAUCCAAAAUGAAAGUGGCGGGUUUGGUGGAGGCUUUGGUCAACAAUCUCACCUAGCUACCACUUAUGCUAUGGUUUUAGCGCUGGCAAUUGUAGGGGGAGAAGCUGCAUAUCAAGUGAUUGACCGACGAGCGAUGUGGAAAUGGCUUUGCGCCUUGAAGCAGCCGGACGGAGGUUUUCGGCUAACACUAGGGGGGGAGAUUGAUGUCAGGGGAGCUUAUUGUGCCGCUGUUCUAAUUACCAUACUAAAGCUACCCCUCGACCUAGCAUCCGAGCCCCUAUCUUCUCUCGCGCCUGAAGGGCUAAAUCUGUUCACAGGCCUAGCUGACUACGUACGCCGCUGUCAAACAUUUGAAGGCGGCAUAUCGGCAAAACCAGGCGCUGAAGCCCAUGGUGCAUACUCAUUCUGUGCCCUAGGCUGUCUGGCCAUCCUUGAUGCUCCACAUCGUAUCUUCUCUCGGUACCUCGACAUACCACGACUUAUCUCUUGGCUCUCAUCGCGUCAAUAUGCCCCUGAGGGUGGUUUUAGUGGACGUACCAACAAACUUGUCGACGGCUGCUAUAGCCACUGGGUCGGGGGAUGCUGGCCCCUGAUAGAAGCCGCCAUUCACGGGCCGGCAAUUCCAACUAGCACCGAGAACCCCUCUUCUGGUAUCGAUGAUCUGUACUCCCGUGAAGGACUUAUCCGUUACAUUUUAUGCUGCGGGCAAGACCAAACAAAACGAGGUGGCAUGAGGGAUAAGCCGGGCAAGCCUUCAGACGCGUAUCAUACUUGUUAUGUACUCAAUGGCCUCUCCUCAGCACAGCACGUCACCCGUAUACUAUCAUCAGAUGGCGACGAGACGUUUCCUCCUUGGACAUAUGAGGUCGUGCCUCACAUUGGAGAAACACAAGUGUAUAAUGAAGAAGAUAGGGUUAAUCCAACCGAUCCCGUCUAUGUUAUUCCUGAGGAUAAACGGAAAGACAUCAUGUCAUACUUCUCCUCUCGGCCGGGAUUUUGAAGGGUGUUGACCCG